ACCAAAGAAAAAAAGAAGAUACUUCUGAAAAUUUUUGAAUAUAUAUUAAAUAGCAAACAAAAAAAUGUUUAAAAAGGAGAAUAUGGACAGUUGGAACGCUGUAUUUACCGAAUGUCAAUUACGUUCAAGUGAUUUAAGCAAACCCACAGAAGGAUUCCUAACAGGCGUGUUGGUUGCUUACUUAAAACGUUUUGGUUAUAAAAUAGAACCUCCAAUUACAAUGGAGAAUAAUGAAUAUCAUCUGUUUCGGAUCAAAUUAGUUAAACAAAUUGAUCACAUGCUUAAAAUAAGCAACGAGUCCUAUGUUUUUACGUACUACGAUUUAAUACGACCGACACCUAAGAAAACCUCCCAGAUGCUAUGCAUUCUCUUGAAUUAUUUGUUUUAUUACAACAUGUACAAAGAGGAAGUUUUCAAAAUGGUAGGGAAGCCAAUAAAUGAACUGCAGGACCUAAAAAUUCGAGUCGAGAAAACAAGAUGUGAAAAUGAAAGAAGACAAAAAGAAAACGUAGAGCUUAAGCAAUCUAUUAAGAAGUUGAAUGAAAGAUUAUCAGCUAGUCGGGAAGAAUUAAAAACUUACGUAGAAAAAAUUGAGGCAAAAAAAGCGGAUAUUGGUAAACUUGAACGUGAAAUAGAAGAGCUCACAGAGAAACAAAAGCAGCUGCAAGGGGAAAAAAACCGUCUUCUCAAACAAGUGGUAUCUAAUGAUGAAUUUCAGGAAUUAGGAAAACAAAUUCAGCAGUUGGAGAAUAAAUUGGCAACUCUAGCGAAAGAGCAAGGUCACAUGGAAUCUGUGCUAAGUAAACGUAAUGAAGACAUUAAAAAGCUGCAACAACAAAGUGCUGAACUCGAAGAGUUAAGCAAGGUAUUCCCAAAAGAUUUAUUAACCCAACUAGAGAACAGUGACAAACAACUGAAAAAUCUGCAAAGAGAAGCUCCUUUUGCAGAAAGUAAGAAUAAACUCUCCGAUAAGGAUAUCAAAGAAUUGAAAGAAUCCGUCGAACAACUCCAAGCAGAGUAUAGCGCCAAAAAAAAUGAACUCGGAAAUAAACGGCUAGAAGAAAAGAAGAAAAUUGCUGACCAACAAGAUGAUAUCAAGGAAAACGGGAAAAUAAUAAAGAAACUUGAACAGCGGGAAACUGAUUUAAAGUGCCGUAUCGCAGAGCAGCGGGAUAUUGAGAAAAUGAUAGAUGAAGGCAUAGAGGAAAUUAUGAUCGGUUACGAUGAAUAGUAGAUUUCGUUUAUUAUAAUCA